AGCUUUUCCUCGCAUAGCUUUCCCUCACACAGCUUUCUCUAACAUAGCUUUCCCUCACACAGCUUUCCCUCACACAGCUUUCUCUAACAUAGCUUUCCCUCACACAGCUUUCUCUCACAUAGCUUUCUCUCACACAGCUUUCUCUAACAUAGCUUUCUCUCACACAGCUUUCUCUAACAUAGCUUUCCCUCACACAGCUUUCCCUCACACAGCUUUCUCUAACAUAGCUUUCCCUCACACAGCUUUCUCUAGCAUAGCUUUCCCUCACACAGCUUUCUCUAACAUAGCUUUCCCUCACACAGCUUUCCCUCACACAGCUUUCUCUAACAUAGCUUUCCCUCACACAGCUUUCUCUCACAUAGCUUUCUCUCACACAGCUUUCUCUAACAUAGCUUUCUCUCACACAGCUUUCUCUAACAUAGCUUUCCCUCACACAGCUUUCCCUCACACAGCUUUCUCUAACAUAGCUUUCCCUCACACAGCUUUCUCUAGCAUAGCUUUCCCUCACACAGCUUUCUCUAGCAUAGCUUUCCCUCACACAGCUUUCUCUAACAUAGCUUUCCCUCACACAGCUUUCUCUAACAUAGCUUUCCCUCACACAGCUUUCCUCACAGAGCCCCUACAGAUUAGCCCCUGAAAAACGAGUGUUCUGCAGAGCAAGUGAGUUCCGGCUAGAAGCGGAAGUCCUGUGAGGAGGAGCCGUGAGUGCGGUGUGACGGAGGGGGGCGCGUAACAGGAUACAGCAGCAGUGCCUGUCACCCGAUUGCCUUAUACUAAAGUUGCUGCACAGCAUGGAGAGGGAUUUUACCAAGGCGACAAUUAUUACAGUAAAAAGACUUACAGCUACAUUCUCAUUAAUUGGAUGUUUCUGUAUGCUUCUGAUUAUCUGGCUUUUUAGAAAGUACAAUUCUCUGGCACAGAGGAUGAUUCUGAGCUUGUCUUUGGCUGCUUUAUUUGACAGCAUUGCUUACGUCAUGGGGGAAGUUUUACCAGAUGGGGUUCUUUGCAAUUUUCAAGCCUGGUGGCUGACAUUUUUUGACUGGUGUGCGCUUGCAUGGGUGUGCUGCAUUACACUGAACCUCUACUUGAAUGUAGUCAAAGAAAUGAGAACAGAGCGUUUUGAGUUAACAUACCAUUUUGUUGCCUGGGGAGUAUCAUUUCUACUUUCAUGUUUGCCGCUUUUUGGGGACUAUUAUGGGCCAGCUGGAGCCUGGUGCUGGAUUACAGAUGAGCAUGUUGCUUGGAGAUUUGUUAUAUGGUAUAUUCCAUUGUUCACCUUGAUAUUUCUGAUGAUGCUAUGCUAUCUUCGGAUAAUCUAUGUUGCAAAGCAAAGGGUAAUAACCUGGUCUGGAACAUAUGAACCAAGCAGGGAAAGGCGCAAGGUGGUGAUGGCAGAAGAGAUAAAACAUCUUAAAUGGUACCCAUGCGUCUAUCUUGCAGUAUCACUCUUUCCCCUUUUAAACAGGAUACAUAAUGCCAUUUUUCCAAGUGAGACAGUUUUCAUACUCACAUUAUUGCAUGUUAUUAGUGCGCCACUUCAUGGAUUGGCCAAUGCGUUUGUUUUUGGGCUAGAUAAAGAAACAUGGGACCAGUUGAAUUUAACUUCAAUACAGCUAGCUUUCCAAUCCAGAUUCUGUGACAGCACAAGGAUAAGGGAAUAUCAGCCAGCAAAUGUGCACUACAUGGCUCAGAUAGACGAGGAAGAUUCCGAGGCUUGUGACGACGAAACUGUGCUGUUUUCCAUGCCAUCCAUUACAUUAAGGGACAAAGGACCCUGAACAAUCUGUCUGAGCAAAUCCUAAAGGUUAAAAGAAAGUGGCAAUCCUCCCCGGAAACGCAGCGCUUCGAAGGGAGAAGGAAGGGAAAAGACAUCCUCGGAAUGCCUGAUUAAGGAGCUGUCAUCCUUUAUUAUUAAUACCUAGCUGUUAAUAUUUAAUGCUGCAGAACUGGAGCGCCUAACUGCAGCACAGACAUGAGACAUGAUGGGGUCAUGCUAACUAGAAAUCUCUGGAUAUUAAUUAAACUUGGUGGCCUGACAAAUCAUGCCAGAAAAUGCUCAGGGACAAAUACAUGACGUGU